AUAGUCGUUGAAUGUCACCAAGCAGAGCUCAACAUGGGAUCGGAACAGUUUCAAUCUCAGAAUAAAAUUAUUUGUGUACUUUGCGAUCAAUCAGACGAAAAUAAAACCACAGGGACCCUGUCCUCUAAAGGCGACAUCUCCGCACAUCAAAACUGUUUGUUGUAUGCACCAGCGCUCUACUGCAAGAACUCACCCACCUAUGACGACCUGUUUGGAUUUGAUGUAGAAGAUGUAAAGAAAGAGCUGAGGAGAGGAAAAAGACUAAUUUGCCACUACUGUAAAAAAAACGGUGCUACAGCGGGAUGUGAUGUCAAACGUUGUAAGCGCUCAUACCAUUUUCCCUGCGCCAUAGAGGAUCGUGCCACAAUCAAUGAAGAACUUUUUAUACUGUUCUGUGAAUUACAUGAUUCAGAAUCCAAAAAGAAAAGUUCGCCAGAUGGUCGAAGGCCUAACAUGAAAAGGCCUGGCAGGAGAGAUUCUGAUUCAUCUACAGUGUCGUCAGUGAGUUCCUCCAAAAAGAAGAAGACUAUAAUUUUGUUAGAUUCUGAUGAUGAGGAUGAAUCUAUGUAUGCCCCAGUACAGUCAGAUAUAGAGGACUUAACAGCUCCAGAUCAGAACAAUCCGUCAACUCCUGAUCCUGAAAGCAAAAGGCCCUGUGCAAAGCCCAGUCCAUCAACCACAGGUUCAUUAAACUUAAGGUCUGCUCAGAAGGCUUGUGGAUCAGCAGACAAUUCAGUAAAAUUGCAUGGCAGGAGUAAAGGUUUUCCAUAUAUGUACAGAGCAAGUACAUCUGGAUUGCUAAAAGUGGGAACGCCCAGAAGGGGAAAAAAUAAACACAAUGUAGACUCAGAUGAUGAGAGCCCAGUCAGCUCUGACCGUGCAGCAGCUCCAGGGCUGUCAGAUCCGGAGAACUCUAUGCUUCAAAAACAGCCCAAGCAGUCCACUCCUGUGCCUAAAAAAACAAGGCUGUGUGAAAAACUCAAUCCAACAACCACAGAAGCUGACGAUGACACCGACAUUGAUUCAGAAGAGUCUCAGAGUUUGUUACCAUCAAAAACAUACCAUAUCACUGUUCCCUGUAGCGUUAUUUUGGACUCUGGACCCUUUGAAGAAUCAGAGCACAGUCUAGAAUCUUCUUCACCUGCUGGCGCAGCCCCAGCGGCUGUGUCUACCUCACCUGGGUCUGUCACUGAAACACCAUCCACAAACAGAACUUCUCCACCGCCCAGAGCUCCAACCACUGACCCUGUGCCACUAGCUACCAUUUACUCUAUGCCUACCCUGGAUUAUUUCCCCUGUGAUCCCUCAGGUCAGCCCGGCUCACCUCAGCAUUCGAGGCCCACUGUAGAUGCUCCAGCAGUCCCUCCGACAGGGGUUUCUCCAUCACCAAGUCGUCUCGCUGCAGCAGAUGCUUCUGAUGUGGGUUCCAGGGUGAACUCUGAGUCUAGUGCCACCAUAUUUUGGACCAGAUGUAAUGAGGCCAGGUGGACUAAAGAAAUCUUCUCAGAGCUUGUGUCUCAGCUCAGCAGCCUAGAAGAAAAAGUGCAGUCACAGAAAGCCAGCCACAAAGAAUAUGAUGUUGCUCUCAAAGUAUUGGAGGCAUCUGGACAGCUGCCUUGCAUCAUUACUCAGCUGGAACAAGACCUGGAGAAAGAGGAACGGGAUUUGCAGAGGAGAAAAGCAGCUUCGAGGGAUGCCAAAGCUGUACUAAAUGUUUAAUAUAAACAAUCUUACAGAAUUUUAUUUUUAGCAAUGAAUUUUUACAACGCUUAUUUUUAAGGCUGAAAUUUCUGCAGUUUGCAUGUUAUAUGUUUUUUUAUUAUAUUUUUUUACGGGGGUUGGUUUACAGUAUGUCAGUGACAGAAAUGAAAUAUGUCUGCAUAUGCCUUUUUGAUAUGAUCAUUCUUCUGUUGUCAUUUUCUAAAUAAAACCGUUAUAACUGUACGAAUCAUUCUUUACAGAAUGUC